CUGUGGGCGGAGAAGAGAUUCCGGUUCCGGGUGUUUUCAUAUCCCAGUCGGUGUCGUUCCUCCCUCUGAUUAUGGUCUUUUAUCAGAAAGUUCUCGGCUUUGACGACUGAUUCAAGUGAAGUUGUUUUAUUAUUAGAGUCCAUCUUAAGCCGCCAACAUGACUACCCGCUCGGAGAGAGAGAAGGCCCAGAAACUCAACGAGCAGCACCAGGCCAUCCUGUCCAAAAUGCUGAGAGAGGAAGACAACAAGUACUGCGCCGACUGCGAGGCGAAAGGUCCGAGAUGGGCAUCCUGGAAUCUGGGAGUGUUCAUCUGCAUCCGGUGUGCUGGCAUCCACAGGAACCUGGGAGUACACAUAUCCAGAGUGAAGUCAGUCAACCUGGACCAAUGGACCUCAGAACAAAUCCAGAGUAUACAGGACAUGGGAAACACCAAGGCCAGGCGGCUUUAUGAGGCCAACCUUCCAGACAGUUUUAGAAGACCUCAAACAGACCAAGCAGUGGAAUUCUUCAUCAGGGAUAAAUAUGAGAAGAAGAAGUACUACAACAAGAGUGUGACCAACGGGACCAGUCCAAAAACUGUUAAGAAAGAGAAGGAGCCAGAUAGAGGGAGCAAGGUAUCUUCCUACACCAAGAGUGAAGACUCCAGACCAGUUCCAAAAAUCAGUCCUGUUAAGACUUCAGAGCCCUCUGUGAACCUACUAGGCCUUGAUGCACCAGCAGCUGCGUCAUCUAACAAUGGUAGCGCGAGCACAAGUCAGAACAGUGACCUGGAUAUAUUCGGCCCCAUGGUAUCCAACCCUCUCCCUUCAUCUACUCCUGCAGCUCAGUUUCCUCAGGUGAGCUCCAGUAACACAGCCAGCACCCCGACACAAGCUCCAGCAGCGGGAGCAGGUGCCAGCUCAGGGUCAGUGCACGGAGACCUCGACCUCUUCAGUGACGGCAGUAGCACCACUAAAACGGACGACGCGGCCAAGAAGCCCAUGUCCAAGGACUCCAUCCUGUCCCUGUACGGGACCAACAGCAUGUCCCAACAGGCGCCUGCUGCUGGAAUGUUCAUGGGCCCUUCCCAGAUGCAGUUUCCUGUCCAGGCCCCUGCUGGUUAUCCGGCCUUCCCUGGCAUGGGCACAGCCAUGCCGCCCACAACCGUCAUGGGGGCUAUGAUGGGUCAGAGCGGGGCAGCCAUGAUGGGUCCCAGUCCAGGCAUGAUGGUCGGCAUGACGAUGCCCAACGGCUUCAUGGGGAAUACACCGGCCACAGGUGUGAUGGGCAUGGCACCGCGAAUGAUGGGCCCACACGGUGCUGCAAUGCCCGCUGGAAUGAUGCCCGCUCAGGGCAUGUACGCCAUCCAGCCUGGACAGCAGGCUCAGUGGAACAUGAGUCAGGUGAACCAGCAGAUGUCAGGACUGGCUCUGAACGGCGCAGGCGGCCAGAUGGCCUUCGGUCAGCCUCCGCCAGCUAUGGGCGGGUGGGCCGCCGCCGGGUCCGGCCAGACCCUGAGCACACAGCUAUGGAAGUGAGCCUUCAGGUGGGUCACUGGCUGGGCACAGUAUACGUGGAGGCUGCUGGAAGUACAAAAUGUAUGUUGUGCUCGCCCGCACCUCACUAUGAACUGACGCCCGUUUCCACCGCAGACCGGCCUUCAGAACAUGGAAAUUGUAUCUGAUUCUCUUUUUUUUUCCUCCUCCCUUUCUCUGUCUCUCUUUCUCUCUAUUGUGUGAGCGAAUUGGGAGUCGUACAGCCUGGCAGUUUCUGCCUGUCGUAUGGUUUUUGAUCAUAACUUUUAUUUUCCUUUUUUGGAAAAAACAAAUACAAGGAUAAAUAACAGUCCCAACAAAAAUGAUAACGACAUAUCAGAAAAGCUGCAGGACCAGUUACACAAGCUUUUAUUGUAUCACUAUGAUAAGAUUAUAGAACAUUUAAUGAAUAGUAUUUAAAGGGAGAUGUGACUCUGUCAGUUCUACUCCCACAUGUACAGUGCUGUAUAACCUUCUUUUAAAGUACUUGUGGUUCCCCUAUAAAAUUAAAGUGAGAAUAAAUAAAUGGCUUCAAUUUGUCUUCAUGA